GCCUGCCUCAGGGCCUGCCUGCAGAAGGGAAUCAAAGUCGUUGCCAUCAACGAUCCCUUCAUCGACCUGCAGUACAUGGUUUACAUGUUCAAGUAUGACUCCACCCACGGCCGUUACAAGGGUGAGGUGAGCAUGGAGGACGGGAAGCUGAUUGUGGACGACCACUCCAUCUCCGUAUUCCAGUGUAUGAAGCCCCAUGAGAUCCCAUGGGGUAAAGCCGGUGCCGACUACGUCGUUGAGUCCACCGGAGUCUUCCUCAGCAUUGACAAGGCCUCUUCCCACAUCCAGGGUGGUGCCAAGCGGGUGGUUGUGUCUGCCCCCUCACCCGACGCCCCCAUGUUCGUCAUGGGAGUCAACGAGGACAAGUACGACCCCUCCAGCAUGACCAUCGUCAGUAAUGCAUCUUGCACGACUAACUGCCUGGCCCCCCUGGCUAAGGUCAUCCACGACAACUUCGGCAUCGAGGAGGCCCUCAUGACCACAGUCCACGCCUACACCGCCACCCAAAAGACGGUGGACGGCCCCUCUGCCAAGGCAUGGCGCGAUGGCCGUGGUGCCCACCAGAACAUCAUCCCUGCCUCCACCGGAGCUGCCAAGGCUGUGGGCAAGGUCAUCCCUGAGCUCAACGGCAAGCUGACUGGCAUGGCCUUCCGUGUGCCCGUGGCUGACGUGUCAGUGGUGGACCUAACCUGCCGCCUGUCCCGGCCUGGCAGCUACGCUGAGAUCAAGGCGGCUGUCAAGAAGGCCGCCGAAGGACCCAUGAAGGGAUACCUGGGAUACACUGAGGACUCUGUUGUGUCUUCUGACUUCAUUGGAGACACCCACUCCUCCAUCUUUGAUGCUGGCGCCGGCAUCUCCCUCAACGACAAUUUUGUCAAACUAAUUUCCUGGUAUGACAAUGAGUUUGGAUACAGCCACCGUGUCGCUGACCUGUUGCUGUACAUGCAUUCUAAGGAGUAACUUUCCUGCUCCAGAAAGCUGGAAUGGGACCCCCACCCCUUUUACAUGCACUCACACCCUCCAGUGUCACCCCUAGUACCCCCAGCCCUCCACCACUCUCUACAACACAACUUAGUCUCUGUAGUAGGCUGUGUGUACGAGUAUUUGUUUUUUCCUUUAUGAAAAAGUCCCACUGAGACGGUUUUGACUUGACAGUAUGUGUUUGUCUUCCCAGAACAUUGCCGUGAUGUUUCCAUACUGGCUGUUACCAUGUAAUAUUGGUGUUAAAAUAAUUCUAGUUUAAGAGUCAAGUGAGAGACAAGCUACUGUAACUAAAAAAGUAAUAAAUCUGGAAAAUCUUAACAAA